AUGGAGAGAGUUUUCUGCUACUUCAUUUCUGCCCUUCUGUUGGCUACUUCUAUGUUAGCUAGCUUUUCCCUAGCCAAGACCAACAUCAGCACUGAUACAAUGGCCCUCCUUGAAUUGAAAGAUCAUAUAACUUCAGAUCCUUACUCUAUCUUAGCCAAAAAUUGGUCCAUUUCUUCAUCUGUUUGUAACUGGAUUGGUGUCACUUGCAGCUAUACUCAUCACCACAGAGUAAGAGCCUUAAAUAUUUCGAACAUGGGUCUUGCAGGAAGUAUCCCUUCCAAUCUUGGAAACCUGUCCUUUCUUGUUUCUCUUGACAUGGGAAAUAAUUCCUUUCAUGGCCAUUUGCCAGAAGGGAUGGCUCAUUUGCGUCGAAUCAGAUUUAUUUCUUUAAGCCACAACAAUUUCACGGGAGAAAUUCCGUCAUGGUUUGGUUUCUUGGAGAAACUUCAACACCUCUCAUUAAGAAACAACUCUUUUACUGGCUUUCUCCCUCCUCCUCUCUUCAAUAUCUCCGGUUUGGGAGUCAUAGAUUUUUCAGAGAACAACUUGUCUGGCAUUAUUCCUGUUGACAUGUGCAACAAUCUUCCGAGUCUCAAAAGGCUUCUAGUUUCUUCAAAUAAGUUGAAUGGUCAAAUACUAUCCGGUAUAUCCAAAUGCUGGAGACUCGAGGUAUUAUCACUGUCAAAUAACGAGUUUAGCGGACGCAUCCCUAGAGAAGUUGGGAACUUACAAAUGCUGGAGGAGCUGUAUCUGGGCGGGAACAACUUGGGAGGUAAUAUUCCAAAAGAGAUAACUAGUCUUCCCAAUUUGAGAACUUUUUCGGUAUUAAGCAGCAAUCUUGUGGGCAUCAUACCAGCAAGCAUGUUCAACAUGUCAAAGCUGCAAUAUCUACAUCUCGGUAACAAUAGCCUAACCGGUACUCUUCCAGAAAAUUUGUGCGACAAUCUUCCCAAGAUUGAAUUCCUUUACCUAAUCAAGAACAAACUACACGGUCAGAUUCCAAGCAACAUAGGUAAAUGCUCAUCACUUCGAGAAUUGUCAUUGGCCCGCAACAGAUUCACCGGUUUCAUACCACAGGAGUUUGGGAAUUUAACUAUUCUUGAGGGUCUAGAUAUUAGCGUCAAUAACUUGACAGGAGAAAUACCAAAAGAGAUUGGCAAUUUAACUAUGAUACAGAACCUAUAUCUUUAUGAGAACAACUUGACAGGUUUCAUUCCACAAGAAAUGGGCAAACUUUCCAAGUUGGAGAGCCUUGACUUGGAAUUAAAUAGGUUAGGUGGACCGAUCCCUGCUUGGAUUUUCAACAUCUCAACAAUUCAGUUUCUGUCACUUUCAGCCAAUAGUUUUUUUGGCAGUCUUCCGCCAAAUAUGUGUCAUGUGUUGAAAAAUUUGCAAGGGCUUUAUCUUGCUGGGAAUUAUUUGAGUGGAAAUAUACCUAUGUCUAUCUCAAAUUGUUCAAGACUAACUAUCAUAACCCUUCUUAGUAAUGAAUUCACUGGUUCAAUUCCUGAUUCUCUUGGCAAUUUAAGACAACUCAAUGUUCUACAGCUAUCGGACAACAAGUUGACAAGUGAAUCUUCAUCUCAAGAAUUGAGCCUUUUUAGUUCCCUUGCAAAUUGCAUGCUCAUAAGACAUAUUUCGUUGGAACGAAAUCCAUUGAAUGGCGUCCUUCCAAAUUCCCUCGGGAACCUUUCUAGCUCCAUUGAAAUAAUAUAUGCAUUUGGCAGUGGAAUCAUGGGAAGCAUUCCAGGCAGCAUUGGCAAUUUAAGCAAUUUGAUAGCAUUAAGGCUAGACAACAAUCAGUUGACUGGGUCCAUUCCCACUUCUGUGAAAGGAUUGGGAAAGCUUCAAGGCUUAUAUCUCCACAACAACAUCAUCACUGGAACUCUUUCUACUGAUCUCUGCAACUUGCGUAUGUUGAACGAUUUUAAUAUAAGCCAGAAUCAAAUUUCAGGUUCAAUUCCAGGAUGUUUAGGCAACAUUACAUCCAUCAGGUAUAUUGAUCUGUCUUUCAACAAAAUAACUUCUAGUGUGCCAAUUAGCUUGUGGAAUCUCAAAGAUCUGUUGGAACUUCGCUUGACAUCCAAUUUCUUCAAUGGAUCUUUGGCUCCAGAAAUUGGAAAAUUGAAGGCUGUGACAUGGUUAGACAUGUCACUGAAUCACUUCUCGGGUUCGAUCCCCAAGUUAAUGGAGAAUCUUACAUAUCUCACAUACUUGAAUGUUUCUUCCAAUGAUUUAAGAGGUGAAAUUCCAUCUGAAGGUCCUUUUACAAAGUUCACUUAUGAUUCCUUUGCCUUUAAUAGAGCAUUAUGUGGAGCACCUAGGUUCCAUUUGCCACCAUGCCAAACUAUUUCCAGGCGCAAAUCACGGACAAGAAAGACGGUUCUCAUUGCAAUCAUUUUGCCAGGAAUGCUUUCUGUGGUUAUCGUCGCUGGCUUAGGAACUGUGUUCCAUAGAUACAAAAAGAAAUCUAAGAUUCCAAGCCAAACAGGUUUGUCAUCAUUGAUAGAACAACCAAGAAUCUCAUACUAUGAGCUGCUACAAGCAACUAAUGGGUAUAGUCAAGAAAAUUUGCUUGGUGUGGGAAGUUUUGGAUCAGUUUACAAGGGUAUUCUAAAUGAUGGUAAGAUUUUGGCUGUAAAAGUGUUUAAUUUGCAAUUAGAACGAGCAUUCAGGAGCUUCGAUGCAGAAUGCAACAUAUUGAGAAAUCUACGCCAUCGAAAUCUCACAAAAGUCAUUACCAGUUGCUCUAACCCUGAUUUCAAGUCCUUAGUGCUUGAAUUCAUGCCUAAUGGUAGUCUGGAGAAAUGGUUGCAUUCUGAAAAUUGCUCCUUAGAUGUCAUGCAGCGACUGAACAUAAUGAUCGAUGUUGCUUGUGCAUUGCAAUAUCUCCAUCAUGGUUACACAACUCCAGUGAUUCAUUGUGAUCUGAAGCCUAGUAAUGUCUUGCUGGAUCAAGAUAUGGUUGCACAUGUAAGCGAUUUUGGCAUAGCAAAGAUGUUGAGUGAAGAGGAGACCAUCACACAUACUAACACACUAGCCACAUUGGGCUACAUUGCUCCAGAAUAUGGAUCAGAAGGACUAGUAUCAACAAAAUGUGAUGUUUAUAGUUAUGGGAUUAUGUUAAUGGAAAUGCUUACAAGAAAAAGGCCAAAUGAUGAAAUGUUUGAUGGAAAUUUGAGCUUGAGGGGUUGGGUAUGCGGAUCAAUAGCUAAUGCAAUAAUGGACAUUUUGGAUGUGAAUUUGAUAAGGUCAAAUGAAGAGUAUGCUACACAAGAGUUGGAGUGUAUAUCAUCCAUCAUGAAAGUGGCGCUGAAUUGCUCGAAGGAAUCUCCAAAUGAGAGGAGUAACAUGGAAUAUGCUCUUGCUGCACUGAACCAUAUCAAGCUUCACCUUUUGUCUUGUUAUAGAAGGCCUUGA